AUGUCUUUAUUGCAGAUCACCUUCUACGAGGAGAGGAACUUCCAGGGUCGCUCCUGGGAGUGCACGGGAGAUUGUGUUGACUUCUCCCCCUACCUCAGCCGAUGCCACUCCUUCAGGGUGGAUAGUGGAUGUUGGAUGAUGUACGACCAGACCAAUUUCAUGGGAAAUCAGUACUUCAUGAGGAGGGGAGAGUACCCCGACAUGUGGGGUUGGAACAACGGGAUCAGAUCCUGCCGCUUCAUUCCCAUGUACAGAGGAAACUACAGAAUGAGGAUCUACGAGAGGGACAACUUUGGUGGUCAGAUGCACGAGAUGAUGGACGACUGUGACUCCAUCAUGGAUCGUUAUCGUAUGAACCAGUGCCAGUCUUGCCACGUGAUGGAAGGCCACUGGCUCAUGUAUGAGCAGCCCCACUUCAGAGGAAGAAUGUGGUACUUCCCUCCCGGAGAGUACAGAAACUGGAGAAACUAUGGAUACCCCAACAUGAGAUUCAUGAGCAUGAGGCGCAUCAUGGAUUCUUGGUACUAA